CUUCAGUGGUGACAGGUUGUCCGGCUUCUUACAGCCAUCUUCCCUAAAACGAAGGUUAACGCCUUUCCCCCUUCCGCCGAUGGACUCCAAGACAUUUCAGUUCCGAAAGACCUGAAGGAGUACCAUCGCUUCGGUCAUUUAAAAUCUCAUUUUAAGGAAUAAUUGCCACCGUGUUUGUGUGCCAGAGUUGGAUUUUAACAUCUGGACAAACUAGAAAAGCAUGCAAGACAAUACUUCAGAACCUUCCACUUCCAUAACUCAACUGCUGAGAGAGAGCUAUCUAGCUGAAAACAGCCAUCAAGGGAAUAGCGAAAGGAGUAGAUCUGAACCAUCUCCACAUUCUUUCCAUUGUGGCGAUACCUCUGGUUCUUCCGAUGAGGUGCCUGGACAAGAUGACCUUCCCGAUCUUUCUGCUUUUUUGAGCCAAGAAGAGUUAGAUCAAAGUGUGAACCUGGCAAGACAGGCCAUCUCUCAAGAUCCCCUUGAGAGCAAGCCAGAUGAACAGGUUCAUGUGUUUUAUCCCUCUGAGUUGAAAAACUCUGGAAAUACAGUUUCCAAAAAACCACAAUUCCAGCCUGCAUCUUCACCGACUUUGGACAGCAGUCAAAAGAAGCAGACAUCCAGUUCAGAGGCUGAGUCCAAAAAGGAAUUCCUGAACAAGGCUGCUGAUUUUAUUGAGGAGCUGUCUUCACUUUUCAAAGCACACAAUUCCAAAAGAAUCAGACCCAGGACAUGCAAAAACUACAAAAGCAAACUCGAGUCUAAAAAUAAGGCUGCCCAAGAGAACAGUUGUGCUUUUUCAAAUCUCUCAGAAAACAGAGAAAGGCCUUGUGCUCCAGUAGCUCAAGAUUUAGAUAAAACUGAGCACACACUUGAACAGCCAGAUAACCUUCAGCAGGCAGGCUUGGAAGCUGUAACUGCAUUAGAAAUUUCAGGUUUAACUACAGAAUCACCUGCGGCAUCCUUUUAUUCAGACGAGCCUUUAGGCCAGCCACCACAUUUUACUCAAAAACUGAAGAGCAGGGAGGUCCUUGAAGGAACCAAAGUGCAGUUGGAUUGCAUUGUGGUAGGAAUUCCAACACCUGAAAUCAGGUGGUACUGUGAAGGAAAGGAACUUGAAAACUCACCAGAUAUUCAAAUCGUCCAGUCAGGAGACUUGCAUUCACUGACAAUAGUUGAGGCUUUUGAAGAAGACACAGGGCGUUACUCCUGCUUUGCUUCUAACAUCUAUGGGACAGAUUCCACUUCUGCAGAGAUUUUUGUAGAGGGAGCCUCAUCUUCUGAAUCUGAACCUGACAGCAGCAAAGAAGAAAUGGCUCAAUAUCAAACCCACACAAAGGUCUCUUCAGAUGUGCCACCACCUCCUGCUGAUACCGUAGUCACCCAACAAGAACCACCCAAACCACAACCGUCAAUGAUACAUCCUGUGUCAAUACCUGUCCAUUGUCAAAGCCCCACUAAUUAUUUACAAGGAUUGGAUGGAAGACCCAUAAUAGCUGCUCCUGUGUUCACCAAGAUGCUACAGAACAUAUCUGCCUCUGAGGGUCAGCUGGUUGUGUUUGAAUGCCGCGUAAAGGGAGCACCUUCUCCGAAGGUUGAGUGGUACCGAGAAGGCACGUUAAUAGAAGAUUCUCCUGACUUCCGAAUAUUACAAAAAAAACCUCGUUCUAUGUCUGAGCCAGAGGAAAUUUGCACAUUGGUCAUUGCUGAGGUAUUUUCUGAAGAUUCUGGGAGUUUCACUUGUACAGCAAGUAAUAAGUAUGGAACAGUUUCCAGUUCAGCUCAUCUAACUGUAAAAGGACCUGAGGACCAGAUCAAUAAUGCUGUUCUUCAUAGUGUAAGUUCCAUAAGUUUGUUUGCUGCUGAGCACACACCUUCAGUGCCUCUCCCUUCUCUCCCAUUGGUGGAACACCCACCCAAACCAAAACUGGAAGGAGUUCUUAUCAAUCACAACGAGCCCCGGUCAAGUUCAAAGGCUGGUCUUCAUGUGCACUUUAAAUUGCCAGAAGAUGAUAAAGGAAGUGAAGCAUCAUCAGAAGAUGGUGGAGGACCUGGAAAUCAAAUCAGACCAAAUAGCUUCCCAGACAAGUUGAAUGGACAAAUAUUUAAAAUUCAGGAGCCAACCUCCCCUUCAAAGGAGCCACCUCCUGUGCUGGCUAAACCAAAGCUGGAUCCUACCCAGCUAAAACAGCUGCACAACCAGGUCAUGCUGGAGCAACAACACAUUCAGCAGCCAUCUCCCCCACCUCCACGAGAGACAUCAUUCAAUUUUGCCACACCGAACUUUUCUCCUUUGCCUAACCAACAGCAGCAACCACCGCCACCACCCUCAUCUGCAUCAUACAAGCAGAAUAAGGCCCCUCCAACACAGGCAUUCAAUUACACCCGGCCUAAGCAGUUCCUGUCAUCUCAGAGCACUCUUGCAGCAGUCAGCUCCCCUUCCAGCUCCCCAAUGCCUUCUUUCACUAAUGUAUCUCAAGGAACCCAGAGGACAGCCAACAAGGAAAGCUUCUUAGGAUCUCCUCCACCAUCCCAGACAAAGUCCUCCGGAGGGAUGAUGAACCAAACGGAGCAACUUCUUACAAGUCCCAAAGAAACUGUGUUGCCACCACUAUUGCUUUCUGUAUCCAGCAUGAAUCAGUUCCAGCCCCAAAAUGUGCCUUCUACACCUCUCUCUCCAACUGGUCGGAUUCAAAACCCAGUGGCCUUCCUUAGUUCUGUCCUUCCUUCACUUCCUUCCACUCCCCCGACGAAUGCCAUGGGUCUACCUAAAAGUGCACCAGCUGUAGGAAAUCAGGGAACAGUGAAGAAAAAUCACAGGACUUCCCAUUUGGCAACAGAGGAUUCAAUUAGAGAUUACAAAGCCGCUGUAGUAAAAGACUUGGAGAAAAAAUUGCACCUAUGGGAUGAUGCAUUUUCACAAAGCCAGCAAGAAUACAAAAUUUCCAGCUUUGAACAGAGGUUAAUGAAUGAAAUAGAAUUUCGACUUGAACGCACGCCAGUAGAUGAAUCCGAUGAUGAAAUCCAGCAUGAUGAGAUCCCUACGGGGAAGUGCAUUGCUCCAAUCUUUGACAAGAGACUGAAGCAUUUCCGUGUCUUGGAAGGCUAUCCUGCUUCCUUCACUUGCAAGAUUGUUGGAAUUCCUAUACCCAAGGUCUAUUGGUUCAAGGAUGGCAAGCAAAUUUCAAAGAGAAAUGAACAUUUCCAGAUGAGCAGAGAGGGUGAUGGAACUUGCUCUUUACAUAUUGAAACAACUACAAAUGAUGACGAUGGGAACUACACAAUCAUGGCUGCAAAUCCACAGGGAAGAAUCAGCUGCUCUGGUCACUUGAUGGUUCAGACUCCUCCACUGCGUGGUAGACUAACAACGGCUGUCCAGUCUCACAGGGGACGUUCCCGUAUACCUGAAGGAGAUAAAGAGCCCCUACAGGAGCGCUUUUUCCGUCCGUAUUUUCUACAGGCACCUGGGGACAUGGUUGCUCAUGAAGGACGGCUUUGUAGGUUAGACUGCAAGGUAAGUGGCUUACCACCUCCGGAGCUGAUGUGGCUUCUCAAUGGCAGACCAGUAUUACCAGACACCACUCACAAGAUGCUGGUCAGAGAGACUGGAGUCCACUCACUACUCAUUGACCCUCUCACACGGAAUGAUGCGGGGACUUACACCUGCAUUGCCACUAAUAAGACGGGGCAAAACUCAUUCAGUCUGGAGCUUAGUGUUGUAGCAAAGGAAGUAAGAAAGGCACCAGUAAUACUGGAAAAGUUACAGAACAGUGGUGUGCCCGAAGGACAUCCAGUCCGACUAGAAUGCAGGGUGAUUGGGAUGCCACCACCUGUCUUUUACUGGAAGAAGGACAAUGAAACCAUCCCUCCCAACAGAGAAAGGACAAGCAUGCAUCAAGAUGCUACUGGCUAUGUUUGCCUUUUGAUCCAACCUGCUAAAAAGGUGGACGCUGGUUGGUACACUUUGUCUGCAAAAAACGAAGUUGGCAUUGUCUCCUGCACUGCUAGAUUGGAUAUCUAUGCUCAGUGGCAUCAACAGAUUCCUCAGCCAAUAAAGAUCCGCCCUGGUGGCACCCGAUACGCGAGCCUCAGCGGGCAAGGACUCGACAUUUUUUCUGCUUUCUCUCCUGUUGAGACUCCUGUGAGGUUUUCAUCACCGCCCCAGCCGGUGGUAGAAAGUGAAGAACUUUAAAAAGCGGAGGGGAAACCACCUCUGGUUCCGAUCCUACCUGCAAAAAGAAAUUAUAAAGCAAUGCCAGAACUGUGAACAAGAAUGGAAAGUACAAGCCAGGAGACUCAAGGUUUACAAGCAACAUGUAUUUGUUAAGUAACUGUAAAGUUGCUGAAAUGCAAGACCUUAGUUCAUCCUGAUACUAUGGGUCAUUGUGGUAUAGGAUGCACUGCAGGAAGUCCCAUAUGCUAUGUUGCUUUUUUCCAUGCGUUAUGAAGGAAAGUGACCUAGUUUCCAAAGGUUAGGAGAAAAUGCCAUACCAAAGCUUAUCACUUGGAUUUUAAAACUCCUACUCCAUUUUAAACAGGCAAUGCUAUAAAUUUUGAGUGUUCAAGAACCAACAGAAAUACUGACACUGUGAUAAUUGGAAAAAUGUAAAUCACAUAACUUUGAAUAUCAUCUUUUAAUAGUGACUGGUCAUCACUAAACACUAAUCAAUGCUAGAAAAAUAAAUGCUAGAAAAUCUGUUUAACAGAAAUAGAUACAAUAAGAGAUCAGACAAACCUGAAAUUAGAAACUCCUAUACAGUAGGUUUUUUAAAAGUGUGAAUGUAUAUUUCAUGAAUUGCCUACUCAUGGUGCAUUGAAUCCUUUUGUAAGGCACCAUGCAUAUCUUUUGAAAGUAACCAUGUGCAAUUGAGGCAGCAAUCCUAUGCUCACUUUCCUAGUAGUAAGACGUAGUGAGCUCAGUGAGACUUUCUUCCAUGUAGACUGCAUGGGAUUGUGCUAUAAACAACUUCUAACCCACAAAACAUCUAUUAUGUAGACAUCUCAGUUAUCAUUGCUAUAUACAUUUUUGAAGUGUGCUUACUUGUUCUUUUUCCAUUUUAGGAAUUUGCUGUUUUGACCCAACAAAUAGCAUACAUGUUAUUUUUGUUUUAUCAGCUCAAGGAUAUUAAUUUCUUUCUCAGCCAGAUAAUUGUGUGUGUGUGUGUGUGUGUAUUCUAUACACACACGCACACUCUAUUCAAUGCUUACCCUCUUUUCAGAUGGGUAUAUAACAGUGCCACUUUUUCAUAAUUGAGUCUUGAUAAUUGUGUGUGUAUAUAUAUAUAUAUACACACACACACUAUAUACACACACACAUGCUAUCCAAUGCUCACCCUCUUUUCAGAUGGGUAUAUAACACUGCCACUUUUUCAUAAUUGAGUCUUGAUAAUUGUGUGUGA